AGCUUUUCCAUACACGUGUUACACACAGUUUCACUGAACUGGAACAAAAAUUAUCUGAAAUGCAGAGAUUGUGUGAUGUCGUCUGCCUGGUGGCUGUGGCAGUGAUUCUCAAGCAGUUCUGUGUCGACGCCUUGCCUCGUUCUCCCGAACAGUUUAAGGGCUACAAGUAUGCGCCAGGCGCCUACAGGAGAGGGCGCGGAGACUACGGUCAAGGUGGCGCCAAUCAGUAUGCACAGGGCGUUACAACUGGUACGUUAACAAAAAAUUGGUAGUUUAUUUUACUUGGUAAAAUGACCAUAUAUGUUACAUUAUAAUUAAAGAUAUGACGACAAACCGAAUGCACACGUCCAUUUGAAAUAUUAAGCAAAGGUUUUUUUCGUAUAGUAGGCAAUAAAACUAAAUUUCAUUACAUUGUAACACAAAAAAACUAAAUUAGUUAACGCCUAGAAAGCCAUCAUUUUUUUAAUGCAUUCUAAGAGAAUUGCGUACAUUUUACUCACUAGGUACGGGUAAUAAGGGUAUUUUGUGUACCUUCAAUGAGUGAUACGGGUAUUUUGUGUACCUUCAAUGAGUGUUAUGGGUAUUUUGUGUACCUUCAAUGAGUAAUACGGGUAUUUUAUGUACAUUCAAUGAGUAAUACGGGUAUUUUAUGUACAUUCAUUGAGUAAUACGGGUAUUUUAUGUACAUUCAUUGAGUAAUACGGGUAUUUUAUGUACAUUCAUUGAGUAAUACGGGUAUUUUAUGUACAUUCAUUGAGUAAUACGGGUAUUUUAUGUACAUUCAUUGAGUAAUACGGGUAUUUUAUGUACAUUCAUUGAGUAAUACGGGUAUUUUAUGUACAUUCAUUGAGUAAUACGGGUAUUUUAUGUACAUUCAUUGAGUAAUACGGGUAUUUUAUGUACAUUCAUUGAGUAAUACGGGUAUUUUAUGUACAUUCAUUGAGUAAUACGGGUAUUUUAUGUACAUUCAUUGAGUAAUACGGGUAUUUUAUGUACAUUCAUUGAGUAAUACGGGUAUUUUAUGUACAUUCAUUGAGUAAUACGGGUAUUUUAUGUACAUUCAUUGAGUAAUACGGGUAUUUUAUGUACAUUCAUUGAGUAAUACGGGUAUUUUAUGUACAUUCAUUGAGUAAUACGGGUAUUUUAUGUACAUUCAUUGAGUAAUACGGGUAUUUUAUGUACAUUCAUUGAGUAAUACGGGUAUUUUAUGUACAUUCAUUGAGUAAUACGGGUAUUUUAUGUACAUUCAAUGAGUAAUACGGGUAUUUUAUGUACAUUCAAUGAGUAAUACGGGUAUUUUAUGUACAUUCAUUGAGUAAUACGGGUAUUUUAUGUACAUUCAAUGAGUAAUACGGGUAUUUUGUGUAUCUUCAUUGAGUGACACGGGUAUUUUAUUUACCUUCAAUUAGUGAUACUGGUAUUUUGUGUACAUUUGUUACGCACUGGCUUCUAACAUGAGAAAUUAAUCUCCUAUUUUAAUUUUUAUGGGCUCGUUGUAAGCAGUGCCUAACAGAAGAAGAUACCAUAGAGUCAACAAUAUUAAAGAUACGACCCCCAAAUCAGUUUCUAUUUACAAUUAAUAAGAUUUAUUAAGUCUUAAGAUAAUUACAAAAGAAGAGAAAAUAUAAUGACAAUCUUCAACUUACAGUAUGGUAGAUCUUGUACCAGUACACAGUUAACACAGUUAGAAUAUUGUGCCAAUGAAUAAUGAUGAAAUGCGAAAUAUACAUGAUGUGUGCAUGUAUGUCAUGAUGUGCACAUGUAUUUUAUGAUGUGUGCAUUUAUGUCAUAAUUUUGUGUAUGUCAUGAUUUUAACAUGUAUUUCAUGGUAUGUGCAUGUCUUUUUUGGGUGAUGCAUUCUAACGAUGUGCAUGUCACAUGCAAAUGUUUAAUUAUAGAUAUUCUUAUUUAUAAAUUGUGGUUUAAUAUGUUAGCUUUUAACUAGCCGUGAUUUUAGCAAUUACAUGUUUUAACUGUUGUCCUGCAGUGAUUUUAAGAAUUAAAUUUUAACAAUUAGCUAGCAGUUAUUCAGAAAAAAAUAUAUUUUAACAAUAAACAAGCAGUAUUUGAAACACCACAGGUAACUACAAUGUAGCAUUGAUUGAAAUAACUGCUAAAUAAAGGUAAUGAAAGGAAAUUAACAGAGUACAGAUACACUUUCUUCAUGUGUUUAUGUUUGAAAGUUGUCUAGGGACAUUUUCAUUUGAACUUAGCGGCUGUACGGCUUUAUUUGUCUGAAAACUUUUUGACCAUGAUCUUGCAGAAUGCCCAUCACAGGCAAGCGAGUCCUUCCUGAACUUUCUGGCAGUGCUCUCGGGUGACUACGGCCGCUCACAGUUCAAAGUUGGCGACUACGUAUACGACACGCCCAGUAGUCUGAUCCUCAAACCAGUAGAGAGUUCCAUCGUUCAGUGGGUCAGUAAUAUAUACAGAAAUUUUGCAUAAUAAUAAUAAUAAAGUUUAUUUCAAAAACACGCUUCAUCCCCAAAGGCUGGAAGCGCGGUACAAAGUCAACAAAAAACAAAUCUAUAAUUUACCACAUUUAAAAUAAACGCAACACUACAAAAACUAAUUACUAGCAUACAAUGGCAAAGUCUUUCUACCCAUUUCAACCCUAAGCAACAAAGCCAAUAUGCAUUAACUGGAAAAUAUGGUAGACAAUCAUCCCAGGAGGUGUUUGGGAAAUAGAUGUGUCUUUAAAUCGGUUUUAAAGGACUCCAGUGUCUGGCUGUAUCUGAGAGCGACUGGAAGGGCGUUCCAAAUGUUGGACAAACAAAUCCAAAAAGUGCGCUUUCUGUAAGUCUCAAGGCGAACACGUGGUGUCGAGAGUUUGCCACUAUCGGAUGAGUGGAGUUGUCUAGUGGGUACCUAAUUCGUCAGCAGCUCUUUCAGAUAAGACGGCACCAGGUCAUGUAAGCAGCGGUAGCACAAAGUUGCGAUUUUGUUUUCCAUGCGAGCACGGACCGGCAGCCAGUGCAACAUACGUAGAUUCGAUUUAAGUUUUUAAAAAGUUCGCUUUUGUUUUGUUUUUUUGCUGACAUAUCGAAACGAGGAGGUAUACGUGAAAGACAAUGACGUACAGAACUGGAAGAGGCAAGUUUAAACAGAAAAAUGAAAAUAGAUCGAAACGGAACCAUCCGUAACUGUGAGGUCUUAUUCAUUACGUUCGUUAUGUCCAUCAUCUCAUGCAUGUCCAAGGCAGUAGUUCUAAGCAUCGACCUGUGAACCAACACCUAUAGCACGCUUCUUGGGGUCACGAAAGGAUUAUAUGCAAAUGAAAAGGGUCCUUUCUUAUAUUAGUAAAAAGUGUGUGUGUGUUUUGGGGGGGGGGGGGGGUUUUAUUAAAUUUCCCGUUUGGCUGGCGGGCAGAAAAAACUUUAAAGAAAAACAUCGACAUCAACCAUGACAUGUGAGAGGAAAAAGCAAAGGAUUGAAAAUCGUGGCGUUCUACUUUACACAUGAGCUCCAUGUAACAUGAAGUUGGCAGGAUAGCGGCUGCAUAGCGCAAGAGACAUGCCAGGAAGUCCCGGUCUGACUCUGCUCCCGAAGAUGCCCCAUUAUUCACCUGAAACUACUGCAUAAGAAAAGUGUGCGCCAGAAUCGGCCUCAUUAGCCAUCUGCGCACCCACAGACAGAACCAGAAAAAAUCUGACGAUAAAAGUGAUCAUGGUUAACUUCCGACUGACGGACAACACAUUUAGAUCGAAUAAAUUUUAAUUUAUCUCGUAAUAUUAACAACUCCCUAAAAAACUCACGAAAACUACAAAUGUUUGGGUUUCCCCGAUAAAUAUGAGUACGAUGUCAUUCUUAGAUCAUAAUUUGUAUUAAAAUUUUUAACACAACUUUCAAAUUCGGAUAAAAUGCUUAAAAGAGUUCCUUGAUGUUUCUAAUAUUAAAUGUAUAAUAAUAAUACUUAAUCGUUUACUAAAAUAAAAGCGGAUUUGCCCAUUUAAAGUUAUUUGAUUUCCGUAAAAUAAUAGAAAAUCACUAUAAUUGCUUUUGAGAAUCCGAACGUAUUUAAACGUAAUUUAAUGCUGACAUUUUUUUAAUUAUUUUUUUUUUGGCGUUAUGGUCAGCCAGCUCAUUCUUAUGUUUAUACACACGUGUGUUUGAACAGGGUCUGUUCGCUGAGGAUUUUGAGUACUCCAAAGUUGUCAGGAGAGGAAUUCUUUCGUCGGUUCCAGAUGCUAACAGCAACCUCAUCGAUGUUUUCCCGUUCAACUUUACCAACGUUGUUUCCAAUUUGUAAGUCGUUGUUUUCAUUGUAACAUUAAAUUUUAGUUACUUAAGUUACCUUGACUUUGAAACAUUAAAAAAGCUGUUGCAAAGCUAUCGAGGGCAUGACGAAACAUUUCUUUCAGAUUACAACUAACCUUAAGCAUUCUAUGUAUGAUUAAACAGAAAUGGGGACAACUGACAGAGAAGCAUUUUUCACUCAUUUCAUGAAGUAGAUCUAUACAUAUUUAAAGUGUAAAAUUAUAAUUUGAAAACUGUGAGGUAUAACAUGUGACAGGUUGACAAUUGUCAAUAAAUAUUAUUUAUUCGACCAGAUCUAGAAAUUUAAAAAUUAUUCGAUAUCUUUGUUUUGGUGAAUGCAUAAAAAGGAAGUUGUUUUAAUUAAUAUCUUGUUAUUUUGAAAUUAGGAGACUUUUUAAACAGUUAAAAACAAAUUAACAAUUCAAUAUCAACACGCAAUCUUUGGAUUGUUAAAUUUUUAAUUUAAGUCGAACAAAAUAUUUCAACUGAGAAAUGAGGAAAUAUAUUGGAAUUAAAAGAGAGAGAUAGACAUUUCAGGGUGGGGUAAAAUUAGAUUGCAGGGAAGUGACGGAUUGUCAUAGGAUUAUCAGAUUAUUUCCCAGAAAAAACACCCUCAUUUUACCGUUAUUCCUCUCUCCUGGGCUCACAAAAAGAAGGAGAUCCGAGAUUGUAUCAAUAAUCUCAGUUCAAUAGCCUGCCACUGUUGUAGCGAGGUGUGCCGAAUAAAUUAAACAUAGCUUUGGGCCUUCAUUUUUACAAGCAAGCUAGGGGAUUAGGAUAGGAUAGUACGCUAGGGGAGAAAACUAGGGGAGUAGGCUAGGGGAGUAAGCUAGGGUUGUAAGCUAGGGAAAAUGCUAGAGGAGUUAGGAAGGGGAGAAAGUUAGGGCAGUGAGCUAGUGGAGAAGGCUAGGGGAAUAAGCUAAGGUAGUAAGCUAGGGGUGCAAGCUUGGGGAGCAGGCUAGGGGAGUAGGCUUGGGGAGUAAGCUAUAAGAGUAAGCUAGGGUUCAAUCCUAUGGGAGUUAGCUAGAUGAGUAAGCUAGGGGAGUAAGCUAUGGAGUAAGGUAGGGGAUUAAGAUAGAGGAGUAUUCUAGGGGAGUAAACUAGGGGAGCAAGGACUGGGGGGCAAGCUAGGUGAGUAGGCUAGUUGAGAAAUCUAGCGGAUUAAGCUAUGGGAGUAAGCUAGGCAAGUAAGCUUGGGGGGGGGCAAGCUAUGCGAGUAAGUUAGGGGUGCAAGCUAGGGGAGCAGGCUAGGGCAGUAAGCUGGGGAGUAAGCUAGGGGAGUCAGCUAGGGAGUAAGCUAGGGAAGCAAGCUAGGGGAGUAAGCUGGGGAGUAAGCUAGGGGAGUCAGCUAGGGGAGUAAGCUAGGGGAGUAAGCUAGGGUAAUUUGACAAAAUCUGUACCAACUAUUUGUUUUCAGAGACGGGUCCUUUGACAACUCCGUGUUGAGCUGCCUGCGACCAUCUGACCUGAACUACACUCACUCUUGUGACAGAGUUGUCGCCCCGACAUCUGACCCCCUGGUGUUCAAGUUUACUAAAUGGCCAUUCUGUUCAGACACACUAGAUGUAAGCACUUGACUUAAGUGAUCAGGCACACUAGAUGUAAACAUUUGACUUAAAUGCUCAGGCACACUAAAUGAAAGCACUUGACUUUGGUUACAGGCACACUAGACGUAGGCAGUUGACUUUAGUGAUCAGGCACACUAGAUGUAAGCAGUUGACUUUAGUGAUCAGGCACACUAGAUGUAAGCAGUUGACUUUAGUGAUCAAGCACACUAGAUGUAAGCAGUUGAAUUUAGUGAUCAGCCAUACUAGAUGUAAGCAGUUGACUUAAAUGAUCAGGCACACCAAAUGUAAGCACUUGACUUUAGUGCACAGGAACAAUAGAAGUAAGCAGUUGACUUUAGUGAUCAGACUCACUAGAUGUAAACAGUUGACUAUAGUGUACAGGCACAAGAGAUGCAAGAAUUGACUAUGGUGCUUAGGCACACUAGAUGUAAGCAGUUGACUUUAGUGUAAGACACAAUCGAUGUAAGCAGUUGACUUUAGUGAUUAGACACACUAAAUGUAAGCAGUUGACUUCAGUGCUCAGGCGCACUAGAUGUAAGCAGUUGCUCAAGUAUUGAGGCUCACUACUUCUCUCUCUCUCUCACUCAUUGCCUCCGAAUAUUUAUCUUUCGCUUUCUCAUUCCAGCCGCCUACUUCUCUCUCUCUUAUUGUCUCCGGCUAUACUCUCUCUCUCUGUCCUAUACCCUCUACCUACCUGUCUCUCUUUCAUUCUCUCAUUCCCUCUGCCUAGUUAUCCAUGUCCUUAAAUUCCUAUUUCUCUCCAAGUGUACACAAUCUCUAGCCACAUCUUCCUCUAUGCCAGUUGUUCUCAACCUGUGGAUUGUGAUCCCUUUUGGGGUCGAACGAACCUUAAGCAGGGUUGCCUAAUACUAUCGGAAAACACAUUUUAUGAAGUAGCAACGAAAGAAUUUUAUGCUCGGAGGUCACCACAACAUGAGGAACUGUAUUAAAGUUUCGCUACAUUAGAAAUGUUGAGAACCACUGCUCUAUGCUGUAUAUAUUUACCGACUUUGAGACUAUAACGAUAGCGUAAAUAUUUUAUUCUGAAAAUUAAUAUAUAUAGAAAAAACGAAAACAAAUUUAGAUAACAAAAUAAAACAAAUGAAUAAAAUUUAAUUUUAAAAAUUAAUAACAUUUAGUUAUCUAACUGGGUUCUAAAUUUAAGCCCAUAAAUGCACAUUAGUUCUUUUCAUUUAUAAAGCUUUCUUGAAGAGAAAAAGUAGAAAGUUAAUGCGUCAGUUUGUGCGAGUCUAACGGGAAUUCAAAGAUUUAUCAACUUCUAGACUCUAGAAUCUAGAGCGAUAAAAUGUACCGGUAUUAAAAAAUGCUUGCUGAUCACCGCAUCUGAUCUGUUAUCUAUCGCCAACAGGUGCCACCUAAUUUCUCUCUACAUUUCAGAAUCCUCCCAUUUCCUGUCUAUAUUUCAGAAUCCUCCCACCCGGUGCUAAUUUCAUCUCUUUAUUUCAGAAUCCUCUCAUCUGGUGCUAAUUUCAUCUCUAUAUUUCAGAAUCCUCCCAUCAACAGUGCUAAUUUCAUCUCUAUAUUUCAGAAUCAUCCCAUCUACAGUGCUAAUUUCAUCUCUAUAUUUCAGAAUCCUCUCAUCUGGUGCUAAUUUCAUCUCUAUAUUUCAGAGUCCUCCCAUCUGGUGCUAAUUUCCUCUCUAUAUUUCAGAACCCUCCCAUCUACAGUGGUAAUGUCAUCUCUAUAUUUCAGAACCCUCCCAUCUACAGUGCUAAUUACCUCUCUAUAUUUCAGAACCCUCCCAUCUACAGUGCUAAUUACCUCUCUAUAUUUUAGGAUCCUCCCAUCAACAGUGCUAAUUUCAUCUCUAUAUUUUAGAAUCCUCCCAUCUGGUCCUAAUUUCAUCUCUAUAUUUCAGAACCUUCCCAUCUACAGUGCUAAUUACCUCUCAAUAUUUCAGAAACCUUUCAAAGACAGUGCUAAUUUCAUCUCUAUAUUUCAGAACCCUCCCAUCUACAGUGCUGUAGCCAACUGUACCCACAUUGUGGUCACCUUUAGGGACAUCAGACUCCCCGUUGACUAUGUGCCCCAAAACAAGUUGGUCCAGUUUAUUUUGAUCAAGACAGCCAGGUGAGAUAUCAGAUGCUGCUAAAACAUUACUUGUACAUCUCAACCAUAAAGAUGUGUCCAUAAGGGAUGUUAAAGUUCAUUAUGUUUUAUAUUACCCCAAGGCCAGAUGCCAAGGAAAUUAAAUACCAUCACAACUCGUGUGCCUCCAGUGGGGAGGGGAGGGGAGGGGAGAGUGAUGGCUUUUUGAAAGGAGCUUACGCACAUAUAAAACACAUAAUGUUAUUGAUUAGUCUAAUCACUCUCACAUAAUGUGUCUGGCUGAGGAUCAUAUCGAACACAUUAUGUUAUUGAUUAGUCUAAUCACUCUCACAUAAUGUGUCUGGCUGAGGACCAUAUCGAACACAUUAUGUUGUUGAUAAGUCUAAUCACUCUCAUAUAACGUGUCUGGCUGAGGACCAUAUCGAACACAUUAUGUUGUUGAUUAGUCUAAUCACUCUCAUAUAACGUGUCUGGCUGAGGACCAUAUCGAACACAUUAUGUUAUGGAUUAGUCAACUCACUCUCACAUAAUGUGCCGGGCGUUCUGUUUAAACAUUUGUGUCAACAGACGUUGUCAAGUGUCCACCAUGAUUGCUUUUGACAUUUUAACCAAUAUGCAUCAUCACGUCUGUAGCGGGUCAUUUUACAAUUUGAGAACCGCUCUAUCCUGACACGUCAUACAAAACGUAUCUGAUUUGUAAUGUUUACAACUUUGUUGGUGCUUUAAGGGUCGUUUUUUCUCUAAUUACGAGAUUUACAACUCGUUAUGUGUUAUGCAUUUCAAAACUCAAUUUUUAUUAAACGUGUUAAGGAGAGAUAUUUUAAAGGAAGGGGUUGAAUUGGAAUUGGCGUGAACAAGACAUUUCAAUGGAGCCGAAGAAGACACAUUUUUUUUUCUUCAAAUCCUUGUCAUACUAGGUUCUAUCCCUAUCAGGCUUUUAUCUCUCAUACACCAUAGGACAGUCGAAGUUUUUUACAAAAACAAUGCCAUUGUGUCAUUAACUAAUAAAUACUUUAUAGCUUUCUCUUAUGUGAGUAAAUUAAAAAGUGGACUUAUUACCGAGACACUUUACUGAAAACUAAGGGAAUAGGCCAGAUUCACGAGACACAAACACAUUGUGUCAAACAAAGACAAUCUUAUGUUAAGUUUGUACUAUGAAAGCACAACAUAACGCUAACCAAUUGUACGUUUUAAUUCAUAAAGUAAUUACUUGGGUCAACAUUUUAAAUACUGAAAACUUAAGUGAAAAUACAUUGCAAUCGCUAAUAAAUAUUUGAAUAUUUUAUUUUCAUCUUUUCUGUCCCCAGCUUUCCGUUGCUACCAUCUUGGACAGGCGGAAGUUAUUGUCGCAAUCCAUGUCUCACAUAUUAAUUGCCCAACCGUCUCUGAACUGACCAGGCUAUGAUAUAACAUUCUUUUUGUUGUCAUGUACUAUUAUAUCUCUUUGACUUGACUCUGCAGAUGUAUUUUUGACACUAUGGUGUGGUACUAUCGAUGUGUUCAAAUAGAAAUGAUUGUUUCUUCUCUAUCUACUCUGAGUAACUCGCUUCUCUUGUGUGUUCGCCACUGCUACUGAAUUGGAUGGUCACAUUUAAUAGACACGUUAAAAUCAUUGGCCAAUCAAUUCGCUACUAAAAAAACACAGUACAGUAAAUUAAAUCUGAACGUUUAGGACAACUUUAAUGAACAGUUCUCAUUGACAGACUUUUCAUGUGGACAUAUUUAUAUGCUAGUUACUCAUCUUAUUGGUAUAUUAAAGAAUAAUCAUUUAUGGUUCAGUUACAUGGAUGAGAGUUAUGUUACUGCUCUAUGUUAGUCAUUAAAAAAAUUCUUAAAGAAACUUGACAUGUGUGUUGUUUUUUUUCCUUCUAAUUUUUUGACAGACAAUAUAAUUAUUUAGUUGAUAAUUUCCUAGGAUACUGUCGCGACUACCAUUGGAAUAUGUAUGGUGGGAAAAUUGCUUAUCACCUAAUAUAAAAAAAAUGUUGUUAGCUAUUGGUGUGUUUUUGCAUAUAAACCUAUGACCAGAUACACACAUGUCAACACUACUGUUACCUGCAAUAUCCAGGCAUGAUUUGAAUGUUUUUUUGUUUUUUUUAAACGGAUAGCUCACUGGGUCUAUUAAUAGAUGUCCGCCAUUAAAGGACAAACCCUAUGAAGAAAAAAAAAACCUCUCACUCUCUGCAGACUGAUGUAUUAAAAAAACUGUUGAAAAUGUUAAGGUGAUUUUUUUAGAAAGUCCUAUAAUGUCUCACCUGACACUGGUCUGAUCUGAUCAGUGAAAGUUACUGGUUAAGCUGUUCAUCUUUGGCUAUCAUUUUGUGUUUUUUGUAUAUUUUAUUUAAUGAGUCAAAAAAUGCAUCAAAUAUUAUUCGAGUCCCUUUUCCUUAUUAGAAGUGAAAUUUUGAAG